AUGGCCAUGGGUCUUUUACCCUACCUUGUGGUUUCUUCAAACAAAGGAACCCUCUACCUCGUGGUUUCCUGGACAAAGAGCCCUUCCACUCUUGCCUGGAGGGGGUCCUCUCAGACCAGACCCUCCCGAUCUACUCCUCUGGGGAGCCUCAUUGCUAAUCUACCACUCCUCAGCCUACAAGGAGAUAUAAAACCCAAACAGCUCCUUUUUUAUUGUAAUCAAGUUUGGCCAAGAUAUAAACUCGAUAACGGAUCCCAAUGGCCAGAAAAUGCUAUAUGGAAGGAGAGAGGAUUCAUGACUACCCAAGGAGGGCCCAUAAAAAAUGGACACCUCAUCAGGACGCUUCUUGAGGCUGCCCAGCUUCCAAAGGAGGUCAGAGUUAUACACUGCAGGGGACGUCAGGCCUCCAGUAGCCCCAUAGCUCAGGGUAACAAACAAGCAGACCUUACUGCAAAGCAGGCUGCUCAAUCAUCAGACCCCCACACUUCCUUCACCCAGGUUCUUCUUAUGACCCCUAUGCCUUCACCCCAGUACACCCCUCAAGAGGCCCGCUUCACAUCGUUUAUUCAGGAUCUAAUCCGAGAUGGAUCCCAGCCUGCCUCCUUUGACGUGGAUAACAUCCUUGAGUGGGUGACUGAGCUAGCCUGGCAGGGCGUCCUCUGCGAUUACACCCCCUACAACCAUAUGCAGGCUUUUGCCAACCAAAAGGUAAAUGAACUGUUCAUGGAACAUAAAUAUCAACCUCUCCCUUUAGAAGAUCUCACCCUACGACAGGAUGAUGGCAGUUUUGCAGGAAUGAUAGAUCUUGGACGUGGCCGGCGCCAUCUUGGACACAGUCGCAUCACUGACGUCAUCAUGGAUGUGACUGGUGCCAUCUUGGAUGCAACUGAUGUCAUCAUGGACAUGACUGGCGCCAUAUUGA